CCUUGAUGCAAAAUAGUUGCACCUGGAACCGGAACAAGUGUUGAUCACAGUGGCCGGUCCGUUGCCUGCCAUGAAACUGAGACUGUUGCUGCUUCUCUAUCUAUGUCGAUGUCAAGCUGAUGAAGACUUCUCAGUACACUCGAUGCUCCAGGCUGCUUCAGGACAAGACCUGCCUGCAGCCUGUGUGAAUGAAUCAGCAGCUCUUCAAUGGUAUGAUGGGUUCACGGCAGCUGUCGAUACCAUGAUGCAUCGCACAAAGCGAACAAUGCAAUUGGGGCUCACAUCCAUGGCAAAUGGGGUGCUCAUGCUCACUGAAAGCCCUUGUGGAGACUUUGCCGCUUUGCGAGGGCAGGCGGAAAGGUUGAAAGUUCUUGCCAGCACGCGCAGCUUGGCUGGCCUGGAUGCAACUGUGCGGUACGAACCCUUAAAAUCCCUUUCCGUGGGUGGCAUUGAUGUGCAUGGUGAAUUGAACGCCAUGCUGGUUGCUUGGCGAAUGAGCCACGGGCCAGAAGCGGUGGGCAAGACGUUGGCCAGGUUUUUCGGUCUUUUCUCAGAAGACACUGAUGAUGGGAGCAGCGAUGUGCCUGAAGCAGAACUGCAGACGACCGCACACAGCCCAGGUGCAUUGCAACGAACUCCCUCAUUUUGGUCUUCUCUUCUUAAUUCUGCGUUUGGAAGGCUGAGCGACAAGAGCCAACCUGUCUCACCAGCAUGCCUCACUGAUGGCAUAGCGCAGUUGAAUGCGGAUAAGUUUGAUGAGGCCUUUGGCCGCAUGAUGCAGAAAACCCAACGAAGUAUGCAGCAUGGAUUGAAGAUUCUCGCUUUAGCUGUGGACUCCUUGCUCUCAAGCCUUGAAGAGCAUGUGAGUUGUCAGCAACCACUACGAGCUGCGGCUGGGGCUGGGCGUCUGCGGGCUGCUGCAAACCGCCUUGAAACACUAGUUGGUACAAGAUCACUAGUGAAUCCUGGCACCAAUGUCAAAUAUGAAGCAAUGCAGCUCCUGAAAAUUGGUGAGGUCGAUGUUCACCGGGAGCUGAACAAGUUGAUUACCUCGUGGAUUCAAGAUAGAAGUCCUGACGAUGUCGGCAUUGGUCUUGCAGAAUUCCUUGAAGACUUUCGAGAGGAAGAGGAGGAAGACAGUCAGGACGCAGAAACAAGAGGAACAGUGCAGGAGCUUUCUGAGGCACUUGCUGAUGCGGUGUCUGGAGCAGGAGGCUGUGCCACAGGCAGCGCUGCAAACUGCUUUGAAGAUGCCGCCCUACAGUCCUUCGCGCAGGAGGUGGAUGGGGCGAUAGAGCGCAUGCUGAAGAAAAGACGGAAAACCAUGCAACAGGGACUCAAAGAAUUGUCCGAUGCGGUUGACAAGGUUUUCGCAGGUUCUUUGCCGUUUUGCCAGCAGUGCGCUGGCUUGCUUGUCAUUAGGAAAGGUGCACGCAAGGUAAAGCAUUUGACUCGAAAAAUGGUGGUUGACUAUGGCACAUAUAUCAAGUACGAGGCCUUGAAAUCACUGGAAGUUGGUGGAGUGCCAGUACAUGCCGAGCUGAACUCGUUCCUGGCAGCCUGGAAGUUAAGAGGUCUCAAAGAAGCUGGCAUUCCGCUAGGCGUUCUCUUCCAGCGUUUCUCGCAAAUCUCGGGACAUGAUGAGUUUUGAGCAAAAGAAUUAUGUGCUACUGGCUGCUGGCUUUUUCUUAGCGUGACGGAGAGUGGGUAGUUUGCACUUUUUUGAGAGAGAUGAACAGUCACCAAACGUGGCGCUGAGCUAUUGUAGUUGUGUUUGAAUUUGCGAGAGGGAGCUCCUGCAACAAUUUCGGAGUAUCACAUACAGCCACGGACACGGGUGUUUGUGAGUCUCCUUGAUGACCUUUACAUAUCAAUAUGAUGCUGUUUUUUCAUGUCAUGUUAUUUGCCGUGCCGAGACUGGCGUGCAGCACUUUAUGUCUGCUUCUUUUGGGAACACGCGACUGUGACAGGUCUAGUCACUAGUUCUGGUAGGUGCUUCUCAACAGAAUUGAAUGCAAGGGGGUACGACCGAAGACUGCAGACUCCUCCAGAAAAGCUUUGCUCAUUGGAAGGGCAGGGUAAGUAAGCACCCGAGGCUUGCUUCCCAAGACACCAACAGAACAAGGCACCCUUCAGGGACAUGGGUUCCAAGCACAAACAAAGAAGAUCUUUGGCCGCAGUAUAUAG